GAGUUUUAUUUCUUUAUUUCUUCUCAUUUCGACAAUUAAGUUCCUUAUUUGUUGUAAUAUGGAAUUGUUUAAUUUUUUUGCAUUGACUGUUUUAAUCGCCUCCAACGAACUUUUGGAAUCCAUUAUUACUGUUGAUUUAUCGGAAGUAUUUGAGCGGGCAUAAAGUAGUUUUAGAUAGUUAUAAACCACAAGACAAACAAGAACCAAGAAGCCAAGAACCACAUGGUUUUAUUUUUUACAUCAUGUGUAUGAUUCUUUGUACUUUUACAUUCAACAAAAGAUAACAUUUUUUAUUAUUACCAAGUUAUUUAUUAUUAUCAAAUAAAAUAAUAAAAAUGAUGCUGGAAGGGUCAGUGACGACCGAGUCAGAAUCUCAGCCGGAGGAUAGAAUUGAAAGAAGAAAGCUUAUUUCAAGAAUAUACACGAUCGUCAUAGUUCAACUGAUUCUCUGUCUAGUGAUAGUCUUUGCGGUGAACAUCAACGCAAACGUCCGGGAAUUGUUGUACGACAAGCUAUGGAUCGGAUACAUAUUCUGCAUAGCCGGCAUUUGCUUUUACAUUCCGCUUAUCUGCUUUGAAAGUGUCAGGAGGUUGUUCCCGGUGAACUGGAUCCUACUAAUCAGCAUGACUCUGUGCUACUCAAUUUUCGGCGCGAUUCUCUGCGUCUUGCACGAGCUGUACGUUGUUUUCUUCUCGAUCUUGGGGACGAUGUGGAUACUAGUGGUAAUGACGAUUUUCGCCAGGUGCACGAAAAUCGACUUCGCACGACCUUUCGUCGGGAUGUCUUUCUGCGUCAGCUUCGUCGCUUUCCUCCUCCUUGGACUGAUAGUCAAUGUGAUAUCAAUAUCCGUGCCCAUCCCACUCAUACAUCUCCUCUUCUCGGGCGUAGUCGUUAUAACUCUCUCCUCUUACAUCGUCUUCGUCACUCAGCUCAUCGCCGGAGGGAAAAUGUGCGAAAUCAAACCGAACGAAACCGUAUUCGGGGUCGUCAUUCUUUACACGACUGUUGUUCAGAUAUUUAUGCACGUUCUUAACAUUGUGGGCGCCUGCUUUGGAGAAAACGGUUAACAUGAACGUAGACUCUUUCCUGUUAUGUACAUAAAAGUAUUUGAAAAAAUGGGAUUUGAGAAGGACUCGCGUUUUUAUGUAUUUUGACGUAAAUUUUGUAAAAAACAAAAUGCAUCUCUAAAUAAAGAAAACUAUCUAUUAUUAUAUUCAGUGCAAAAUAAA